CAACAGAAGAACCUUGAAGGCUAUGUGGGAUUUGCGAAUCUCCCAAAUCAAGUAUACAGAAAAUCUGUGAAGAGAGGGUUUGAAUUCACGCUUAUGGUAGUAGGAGAAUCUGGAUUGGGGAAGUCAACAUUAAUCAACUCAUUAUUCCUAACAGACUUGUAUUCUUCAGAGUAUCCAGGUCCUUCACAUAGAAUUAAAAAGACUGUACAGGUGGAACAAGCCAAAGUUUUAAUCAAAGAAGGUGGUGUUCAGUUAUUGCUCACAAUAGUGGAUACUCCUGGAUUUGGUGAUGCAGUGGACAAUAGUAAUUGUUGGCAGCCUGUUAUCGACUACAUUGACAGUAAAUUUGAGGAUUAUCUGAACGCAGAAUCUCGGGUGAACAGAAGGCAGAUGCCAGACAACAGGGUGCAGUGUUGUUUAUACUUCAUUGCCCCUUCAGGACAUGGCCUCAAGCCCCUGGACAUCGAGUUUAUGAAGCGCCUGCAUGACAAGGUGAACGUUAUUCCCCUCAUUGCCAAAGCGGACACGCUGACCCCUGAAGAGUGCCAGCAGUUUAAGAAGCAGAUAAUGAAAGAAAUUCAGGAGCAUAAAAUUAAAAUAUAUGAAUUUCCAGAAACAGAUGAUGAAGAAGAAAAUAAGCUUGUUAAAAAGAUAAAGGACCGUUUACCUCUUGCUGUGGUCGGUAGCAAUACUAUCAUUGAAGUUAAUGGCAAAAGGGUCCGAGGAAGACAGUAUCCUUGGGGUGUUGCUGAAGUUGAAAAUGGGGAUCAUUGUGAUUUCACAAUUCUCAGAAACAUGUUGAUAAGAACUCACAUGCAGGACCUGAAGGACGUGACUAACAACGUGCACUAUGAGAACUACAGGAGCCGGAAGCUGGCGGCCGUGACGUACAACGGGGUGGACAAUAACAAGAACAAGGGACAGCUGACCAAGAGUCCCCUGGCCCAGAUGGAGGAAGAAAGAAGGGAGCAUGUGGCCAAGAUGAAGAAGAUGGAGAUGGAGAUGGAGCAGGUGUUUGAGAUGAAGGUCAAAGAAAAAGUGCAGAAGCUGAAAGACUCCGAAGCCGAGCUCCAGCGGCGUCAUGAGCAAAUGAAGAAGAACCUAGAGGCACAGCACAAGGAAUUGGAGGAGAAACGGCGUCAGUUUGAGGAUGACAAAGCCAACUGGGAAACGCAGCAGCGUAUUUUGGAACAACAGAAUUCUUCCAGAACUUUGGAAAAGAACAAGAAGAAAGGGAAGAUCUUUUAGACCCGUUCUACCACCAGUUACGUAGGAGUUGCCAAUCUGCCAGCCUGGACGUCAGUGUUUGUUGGAUCCCUUUGACCAAUUUUGCACCAUUUGUAUCCAUAAUGAUGGAUUUAACAGCAUGACAAAGUUUUUUUUUUAGUUUUUUUUUUUUUUUUCCGGUUAAUGGAGAUUAAGAUGCCUUGAAUUGCCUCGUGGUGUCGGCGUACUUAGAAGUAAACACCUCUAAGUACCUUUCCAAAUUUUUUUUUUUUAACAGAUGUCUUCACUUUAAUGCAAGAGAACAUUUUACUGUUGUACAAUCAUGUUCUGGUGGUUUAAUUGUUUACAGGAUAUUCCAAAAUAAAAGGACUCUGGAAGGUUUGCGUGGAGGAGAACUCGCCAUACUCUGAUACAAACUGUGCUUCUCUCUCUGUGUCUCUCUCUCUCUCCCUUAGACUUCUCCGCAGAUGAGAACGUGACCUAGUCUAACACAGCUGACCCUCUUUUUUGACACUUCCAUUGUUUAAAAAUACACAUGGAAAAAAAAAACCCUAUAAGCUUCCACUGCACCUAAAAGCUUUUUAUAACAGCCCUUUCUUGUUUGGAAUUCUUUAAAUAUAUGCUCUUCUCAAUUUAGUGACUUCUUUAGCCAGAAGACUCUCAUUACUGCUUCAUUUUUGUAAUAACAUUUAAAUUUAGAUAUUUUCCGUAUAUUGGCCCUGCUAAAUAGAAUAUAGCGUCUUUCAUAUGGUAGGAACCAGCGAGUAAAACUUUCCUUUAACUCCCUUUUUACACUUUAUGGUAAGUAGCAGGAAAAAUGCAUUAAUAGGUCAUUUCUAGAUAAAAAUGUGGAGUUAACUACCAACUUGUUUCUACCUGUGUGCAGUCUCUUUAUUUUACUAGAAAUGGGAAUCAUGGCCUCUUGAAGAGAAAAAAAGUCACCGUUCUGCAUUUAGCUGUAUUCAUAUAUUGCAUUUCUGUAUUUUUGUUUGUAUUGUAAAAAGUCACAUAAUAAACAAUAUUGUGAUGUAA